CUUAAAAUCUACUCCUUGUAACUUUUGUAACUUUCUGGUAACUUUCCCAAUUCAACGUUCUCCAUUCUUUUCCAUUCUUCCUCCGGUUCUCUUAAAAAAAGAAUCGUUGAUUCCCGUACAACACUCAAAGCAUGACAGCCGAUGAGAGAUCCCCGCUACUCCGAGAUGGAGUCGUUCCGAAAACGACUAAGGUCGCGAAGACCACCCGCACCGUCUUCGGUCCGGCUAAUCGUAUCCUGCUCGCCGGUUUUAUGAUGUCGUUCACGCUCGGCAUCACUCAAGUCCCCAUCAUCUAUGUAUUCCGUCUAAUGGAAUGCAACAUAUUCUACACCCACAAUCCCCCCUUUGAAGGUCCGGGAGAUCGCUGUCACCGUAGAGAAAUCAAUGCGGGAACAGCCACACAGGUCUCUAUUCUAGGCAUGUCGACUUCAUUUAGCGGAGUCUUUAACUUAUUCAUAUGCGGUUACUUCAUCAAGCGCUGGGGUCCGCGUUGGGCUUUCGUUUCACAAACCGCCCUACUUGGGUUGAGAGUGUCAACGCAGGUCGUCGGUGUAACAAUUGGUGGCCGGACGGGCGAAAUUCUUUUCCAGGCUUUUCAAGCCAUCGGGAUCGUCGGAGGGCCCCGGGGCUUUCAGCUUGUUUUAAACACUGCCGUCAGUGAAAUAGUCGCUCCGAAGGACCGCACCGCCGUAUUUGGACGAUUGCAAGGGUCAAUCAUGUUAGGAACAGCCUUUGGAUUUCUUCUGGGAGGCGUGCUUGGUGACGUCUACAACAUUAGACGCCCUUUUGAGACGGCGUUCUUCCUUUACGUUGUCUGCACGCUGUAUGGGGCAUUUUUCUUGCCGACGAAGACAGGGAACGAGUCCGUCAGCCAGAAGAAAGGCAACCAGGGCAUUGGUGCCUUUUUCGCACCUAUCAAGAUAAUUGCGCCUCACAAGUACCGCCUCGAGACGGGUCAAGUGAUUAAGAAUUACAGCUUGAUUUUCCUUGCUCUAGGUAUCUUCCUUGGCGUUUUCGCUUCCGGAUACGCCCCUAUCUUGUUACAAAUGUACGCUACAUCCGAAUUCAAUUUCGGUACUACCGAGAAUGGUUACCUAAUGUUCGGAAACUCGGCUAUUCGCGGUACCUUCUUGCUGUUUGUGUUUCCGAAAAUUAUUUCGGCCGGUCGCGUUUGGUUUAACGGUAUACCACCCACUUUAACGGAUGCAAGGGAGCCGGAGUCGGAACCGGAAGGCCGUAUACCUCUCAAUCCAGGGGACUUUGAAGCCGACGAGGGCGGAGAAGUUCCCCAGGAACCAGUACAAUCACCGGAUGCAGACGAAGAGGACUCGGGUACCGGGUUUGAUUUGUUCUUCGUCCGAUGGAGUCUCGUCGUCGAUUCGAUGGUGACAUUUUUCGCCGGAUUUUCUAGAGAAGGUUGGCAGGUAUACCUUGCUGGCUACCUAUUGCCGUUUGCUUCGGGGUCAGCACCAGCCGCGAAGGGGGUCAUGACUGAAUUAUGUCCCCCGGACAAGAGACAGGAUGCGAUUAGUGCAAUCACGUUGGUGGAAAGCACAGCUACAUUACUCACACAAGGUCUUUUCGGCCUGAUCUUUGCUGGCUUCUCUGAAGUCGGUCGACCGAGUUUAACAUUUUUCUAUAAUGCCGGACUUGCCGUGUUCGGGUUUUUGGUCUUGUUCAUGGCGCACCUACCACCGCUGAACAGCAAGAGAAUCGACGAGGAGGAUUCGGAAACUGAGACUGAAGCAUAACUUCGCCAAUUAUCAAGCAUAACCCCAUUGAAGAAAUGCAUUAGCAUAAAUAGACGCAUCAUGUUAGAUAUAAGCAUGAAAUUGACGGAAAGGUACGCAUUCAUAACUACGGAGGAAAAGAAAGCUAAUUCUCUCGACGAGCUCGCAUGAAAACCACCAAUAUUCACUGUUAGAUAGAACGGUACAUACCAUAUGUAUAUGGAUAGUUAUUCCUAAUACCUACCUCCACGCGCCUACAUAAGAUGGGUAGA